CCCCAAACUGGACCUUCUGUAGGAUGCAGCCUGUGGGACAAAUGUUUUCAGUUUGAGGCUCUGCAUCCCGAGGGGAUCUGUCCUGGAUGGAGCAUCGUGGUCAAGGGUGAGACCAGCUCCAGUUCAGGCAUGUUUGAGAUUAAUUUGCUCUGUGAUCCCGGGGACCAAAUCGCUCUCCACUUUAACCCUCGCCUCUCCAGCUCCAGAAUUGUCUGCAACUCCUUCCUCAACAGCCACUGGGGGCAGGAAGAGGUUAACAGCACCUUCCCCUUCAAAGAAAAGGAGCCCUUUCAGGUUGAAAUCUACUCUGACCAGGACUAUUUCCAUGUUUUCAUCAAUGAAAACAAAGUCCUGCAGUACAAGCAUCGGCAGAAGAAUCUCUCAUCCAUCACCAAGCUGCAGAUUCUGGAUGAUAUUGACAUUUCUUCAGUGGAAAUCACCAAACGAGAUCUUUACUAGAGACCACAGUUGGGGCUCUCUCACAGACCAUUCCCCCUUGAGAUUCUGAUUCAGCCAAGGAUCAUUUCCUCCCCAUUUCCAGGGAGAUGGCCAUGUGUCCGCAGAGUGGAAGGGAUGGUCAUUCCCAUCACCCAGCCACAUUGCUGACCACAACCCAGCCCAUCAAAGACCUUCUACAGCUCAGAGUGCUCAACAGAGUCUGUAGGUCUGAUCAUCUUUGCUGCACUUCAAAAUCUGUCUUGAGCAGUCUGGACGCCUGAAUGUUACCUUAGAAAUUGUGUUUGCCCAAGAGUAGUGUGUGCAUGAGCCCCAGUCCUCAGCUGGGCACGUGGGGAAUGUGGAUGUUAGGGGUGGGAAGGGAUGUUUCUUUCCAGGAGCCGGGGAAGAAUGACACCAGAUUUGCCAAUAAAAUCAACCAAGGGAAUCCCUGCUGAGACAUCCCUUCCUGGGGAGAUCAAUCUCGUCCUUCCUUCCCUGCCAGUCCAGGCACCUGGCAUGAGCAAGGGCUGGAGGACACUGUUGAGGUCUGUGUGAUUUUGGCUCUGGGAAAACACUGCUUUUUUUUGAGGGCUAAUGCAAGGUGAAGGUCCCUGGCAUGCAGAACAGUGUGAUCAGAUUCAGCUUGCCAGGUGUUGCCAGGAAUUCCCUUCACCAGCUGAGAGAUGUUUGCUCAGUUCUACCCCUGCCAACUCCAGGCUCCCCAGACAGACCCCAGGGUGAUGCUGUGUGUCAGAGAAGGGCAGGAGCUUGAGGAGGCACAUAAAGGCACAUGGCUCCUCCACCACGCACCAGGAAUGCAGCUGGACUCCAAACAAAAGGAACUGAGUAAAUCUAGGAAUUUUGAUAAGCUUGGAAUGAACAGAGUGCCCAGGGAUAUGCAUGGAUAGCCUCUGGCUUUUCUUUGCUUUAUUGCUUUCUUUUCUCCCCCUUUUUAGUUGUCUUUAAAAACAACCCACUUAUCCCUUGCACCCUCUUCUCUUUUUCAGCGUCUUCCUUGUAGCACAACAUAUCUGUGACUCCUUGACCAGACCACAGCAGAGUAAAAGUUGUUAUUUUCACUUUGUUUUAAUUACACGCAUCAUAAACAGCACAAUGUCACAGUGUUAAAUCUGAACAGAACUUAUUCCAAAAAUGCAAUUACAGCUGCCCUCUAAUCACUCCUUUGUUCCUCACAUAUAAGACAGAGCACAUUCUUGGAUGGAAAAGGCAAAGAUGGUCCUGCCCUGCCAGUCCUUUUCACUCAGGAGAAAUCACUUAAUAAGAACUCAGCCCUGAUCCAUCCUCGCCUUUGGAUGAGAUCUCUGAAGGUUGCAGCUUUGCUCCAGCCUUUUCUCUGUGUUCUAAUUUGCCAUUCCCGGCACUUCCUUCUAUUUACAGUUUCAAGGAUUUGUGAGGAAGAGGUGGGUGUAGAAAACCACAACACACGAUGCCAUAAACCUGACAUUCAUGAACCUGUUAAGGAAUUUGCAGUGUUUUUCCAGACUGUCAAGAGCACUAAUGGGAAACCAUCCUGUUCUUGUAGCAAAGGGCUCAUUGGGAACACAAAAUGGUGCCAAAUGGUACUUUUUUCCCCUCCAAAAAGAACAGAAAACAUGUUUUGGAAAUGGCAGGGUCUGAAUGGCAAGUCAGGAAAGUUGGUGAUGGUAAGACUUCCUCUGGUCUGGAAUAAAUCCAUCACUAUGGGACAAGAGAGUUGACCCAAAUUCUGGGUGUUAUGAUAUAACCCAAGGCUUCAGCACACUUUGCUCUCAUGGCCAAGCCUUCAGCAAAACAGGCACAAAGGCAGACAAAGCCAGGCCUGCAGGGAUCUCUGUGUCAUCCAUCUGAUAGUGCUGA